AGUACGCUGAAAUUGUUAAAGGUGGGGACAUGGAAAUCGAGGAGCUGUUCGACGAAUUGGAAGAUUUCUCGGACAGCGGUCCGGAAUUGGACACAAUGUCCGUCAGUAGCACACCGAAGCCAUCCUUGCGACCUUUCUUCAGCUCUAGUCGAUCACUUCUCGCGCCUCCUCAUUCAGUAGUAACCAACGAGGAGACCGGAAGCACUCCUGCGACAGCCAUAGGUCAGCAGAGCGCAGGUCAGCCAGCUAAAGAGAAACACCGUGUCGGACACACUACGCCAGAACGCGGCGUGGAUAGGCAGAGCGACGAUAGCUCCCGAAGAGCGGACAGUGAUUCGCAUCCGGAGAAUUGGACGGAUCACGAGGCGAACGAUCCACCGAAUUACGUGCCCGGCUCGCCGCCGAAGUCUGAACAGCACAAGACCGAGAGCACCGACAGACGAAGCAGACUUUUUACCCGCGACAGAGGUACACCGGGUACCAAUAAAUCUAAGAAGCACAGCCUCAGCGUGGAUUUGAAGCCUCCUGCCGAUUUGAAUAGCUCCGAGCCGAGGAAAGCGUUGGUCGAGCAGUUAAGUCGGGUUUUGCCAGAUGACAGUUUGCCAGACGCUGUGUCGUUGGUGUCGCUGUCUGACCCAGGAGCGGCCGUGCUGGCCACCAGACUUCAAGAAAGGAACCAUAGAGUCCUGACAACUGCUUCACCGGCGGACAUUCGUGCCACUUUCACGUGUUUGGUCACACGAAUACAGAAAUUUUGUAACAGCUCCGCGAAGCCACCAGCACCGAUCAAAGUAGUAAUCGCCGGAGGAGACAGUUUUGUAAAUGCGGUGCUGCGCCAUUAUGUGGAUCACCUGAGUUUUCGACCGCACAAUUAUCUGAGGUUUCUGGUCGUGCCUCUGGGCUCGAAUACAUUGUCGAAGUAUCUUGGUUCGAUAGACACCAAGUAUUCGAUGUUAUUCGGCGACGAGUGGAAAGAAUUGCUGGAAAGGGAAGGCGGUGGCGCAAGCGAGGGUGCAGCUAGGGUGUCAGAGUAUUUGGCGGCGGCUGGUACAACCUUGUUGUUACCAAUCGCGGAAGCCAUGGUUACGUACAGAGAAACGGACGACAGCAGCCAAAUCUUUAUACCGUUCAUAAACGACGUUCGCGUAGGUUGUCCAGACAGCAGUUCCUCCGCGUCAGUUGACUUGGAGGAGAGCAAUGUGACUAUGUCUGGCUCACCGCCCUCUUUGCCACCACCUGGACUACCUAUUCCACUUCCGGGUAGGUUAACACCACCCAGUAGUCCUAACGUUGGUCAACCAACGAGGGAAGGCUGGGAACCAGUCGAGCUACAGCUUGAUUAUUGGAGCAAACACACGCAAGGUGAAAAGGGCAAGAAUACGUUGAGACAAGCGUUUAGGGCGUUGCACGUUCAGAGACUUCCGCCAUUGGGAGAAAAUCCUGGUCAUUACUUGUCUAUGAAUUACACCACAAAAGAGAAGAAACAAAAAAUAAUGAGACUGGGCAAGAAGAAAGAAAAGGAGAAGGAGAACGAGCCAAAGAGUCAAACAGUUGAAGGUGUGACACGACUUAUAUGCUCUGCAAAGACUCACAACAUUCCAUUAAGAGUGAGCAUCGACGGUAACGAGUGGUACGGCGUAAAAUUCUUCCAACUGUCGGCGCAGUGGCAAACGCACAUCAAGACGUUUCCAAUAGCCCUUUUGGAGUACAGUCAGCAACAAGCUCCUAAUCCCACGUAAACACUUCCUUCGUUUCUGUCAGGCGUCAGACAUUUUGUCAGAUUUCGUUUGUGUUCAUGGAUAUUGCCAAUUAGAAUCAACAGCUUAGCUUAUCGUGCAGACUCGACAGCCUCAACGCAAAAGAAAAGAGAGAAAACAAAGAAAAACAGAAAAAGAAACAGAGUAUACAAUAGAGAACAAGCUUAAAACGUUGGAUAGUCUGCUGCUUUAAAAUUGAAAGCUGUUGGAGCUUGAUCGUUGCAACUAUCUAAAUGCGCU